UGUACAUAUAUCGUAAUAAGUUAUUCAUUAAAUUUUCGUCGUUUAUUUACGUUAUCUGACUUAAGUUACUUGAUUAUUCAGAUGACCUUAAGAUAAUCUUUCAUUAUUGCAAAAAAAGAAAAUAUAUUUCCGCAGAAUGAAGAUUAAAUUCCGACGUAAUCGAUGAUUAUUUAUCCAUAAUUUAUAUUUCUUGAUAAUUAAUAAAUAAGGAUUGAUUUUUGCUCCUACAGCGAGAUUGUGCAGGACCAUUAAAUAUAACUCGUUCAUUGUAAAAAUAUAAAUGCUGUUAUGCAAAUUUUAUCGUUUCUAUAAAAGGCAAAGCUUCACGAGAUGUGAUUCAUUUCUUACAGCGAAUACGUAUGAUACAAUUGCGUUGAUGGCGUUAAAAGCCGAUACUGUUUUUUCUUUUACAAUAAAUAUGGUCGCAGAUAUUAUUUAAGACAGAAAAAAUCAUUAAUAUUAAAUACGUCAUAUAUAUUGAAUCUUUAAAAACUGUUGUUAUUUAAGUGUGAAAGAAAGUGCUUCUUGGUGAUUCAUCAGUGAUAUUUAAUCGAAAUUUUUUUUUAUUACUUUUAAUCUCUUUAUUUUCCCUGAUUCGGAAUUUCUAGCAGUUUGUUUUGACAGAGAUAUAACAGUGGCUCUAUUAAUUAAUUGAACACAUCCGAUGACAAUUUUCCCGAGACUGAUUCAACAUUCGUUUAGAAACCUACGGAUAUGGAACUCCAGGCCUUCUGAAAUGUCUACGUACUACGUAGACAACUCUUACUACAUAAAUUACAGCACGUGAUUGGAAAACAUUAUAUACGAUUAUAACAAUAACCGUUUCGAAAGAAAAUAUUAUUUUCAUUAAAAAUUAAAACUCGUGUAAAACUCUUUAUUAGAUAGUGAGAGAACGAAGAAAAAGGAAAGAAAAAAAAUAAGCGUUCACAAUGUAUGCUAAAUCAGUGCAGUUGAAUUUGUCAGUAUCUAAAUCAAUAGACAUCGAGUUUUCCAAUGUGGUGUACGAAGUUCAGAAUGGAUUUCGUGGUCCGAAGAAACAGAUUCUUAAAGGGAUCAACGGGUAUUUCAAAUCCGGCGAGAUGUGUGCUAUCAUAGGUCCCUCGGGAGCUGGGAAGUCUACGUUAUUAAAUAUUUUGACGGGAUUCGAAGAAAACAAGAGCUUGGUGGGCAAGAUAAAUUAUCGCGAUAGCAAAGGAGAUAAGGAACCUUGGAACAAGUGUAGAAAAUACUCCUGUUAUAUAUUGCAAGAAAAUUAUCUUCGUAAUCUAUUUACAGUGAACGAAGCAAUGAUGAUAUCAACGAAUUUGAAGAUAGGUAACAAUCUGAAUCGGAAUACCAAACAGAUUCUAAUCGACGAUAUUCUAGAUAGGUUGGAUUUAAUAGUUAACAAGAACACACAUACGAAUAAACUAAGCGGUGGACAGAAGAAGAGGCUUAGCAUCGCGUUGGAGCUGGUCGAUAAUCCUCCGGUUAUGUUUUUAGAUGAGCCUACGACUGGCCUGGAUUCCUAUUCAUCCUUUCAUUGCGUUAAAUUGCUUCAGAAUCUAGCGAGAGACGGUAGGACGAUAAUAUGUACGAUCCAUCAACCUAGCGCGACUAUUUACGAAAUGUUCGAUCACAUUUACUUGCUAGCCGAUGGACGUUGCAUGUACGAUGGAACAGCCAAGAACACAAUCGACUACUUUGCUAAUUUAGGUCUGCACUGUCCAAAAUAUCAUAAUCCCGCGGACUAUAUAAUAGAGGUCGUUAGCAACGAAUAUGGAGACUUCAGAGAUCAACUCGUCGAACUGGUUGAGAAUAAAUGGAAGAUCUCGCAAGUAAACUCCUUGGAGAAAUUGUCGGCAAUCGAAGACAACAAGGUUCAACGAAAUUACAACGAAAAGGAAAAAACGACCGUCCUGAUAAACACACCGUCCGAAUUUAAGAGAUUUUUAAUUUUACUCAAUCGUAGCAUCGUAUUAUCCCACAGGGACUGGAACUUAGUUUACCUUAAGGUAUUCAUGCAUUUUCUCAUAGGUACACUUCUCGGUACAUUCUACCUAAAUUUCGGCAACGAAAGUGAUAAAACCUUGAACAAUAUCAAGUAUAUUUCUGGUAUGAUUAUGUAUCUUUCCUAUACCAGCGCGAUACCGGCUGUAUUGAAAAUCCCUUUAGAAAUAGAAAUGAUAAAGAAGGAGCAAUUUAAUAAUUGGUAUCAGCUGAGAACUUAUUAUUUUGUUUUGCUAAUAGUUGAUGUACCUAUCCAAAUAUUGUUUUCUUUCACUUACUGUUCCAUUUCAUAUUAUCUCAGCCAACCGCUGGAAUUGACUAGAUUCCUCAUGUUCUUUGGGAUCACUUGCCUGACAUCCAUCAUCGGUGAUAGUUUCGGGUUGAUUAUCGGUACUUUGCUCACUCCCGUGAAUGGUAUCUUCAUAAGUUCAAUCCUUAUAGCCAUAUUUUUAUUGUUCCAGGGUUGUUUCGUUAUGUUCAAUGACAUGCCAAAAUACUUCUAUUACUUUAGUUAUUUUAGUUACAUGAGGUACGCCUUUGAAGGUAUGAUUCAAUCGACGUACGGAUACAAUCGUGAGAAACUUUACUGCUCUGACAAUACCAUAUAUUGUCCAUUUCGUGUACCGAAAAUAGUAAUUAAGGAACUGGCACUGACGGAUGAACAAUAUUGGUUCGACCUACUCGUUCUAAUCAUCUUCUUCGUUUUCUAUCGAAUCAUUGCUUAUUACACGUUGAAAAGAAAUUUCUCGAGAAUGUGAAACAAAUAUUGUCAGUCUGAACGAAGUAUCAAUAUUUUUUUUGAGAUGAGAGUAUUUUCUUAUCCUCGCAUUAUCGUUACUUUUAUAUACGAGCUUACAAUAUAGAUAAAUCGAAUACGAAUGAAAACAAGUGGGAAAGAUUCAAUCGUUUUAGUAAUCUUCAAUGAUAAUAAUUUGAUAAAAAAUAAUUCUCAUUUCCUUGAGAAUUGCUCAAAGCAGGUGUACGAUAUAUGUUGAUAGUUGCGACCGUAAAUAUCCUUAUAUUCUUUUCUAAAAUUUUGUAAAAAUAUUAUAAAUUAUAACUAGUUGUAAUAGUUUAUGUAUUAUAUUUUUUAUAAUAUACGACAUAUAUGUCAAUCUAAA